AUCCUAAAAAGCUUCUCUUUAGUGAAACCCUUCCUCCCUUCAACUCUUCUCUCCCGUUUCCUUCCCCUUUUCGCUAAACCCCCCAAAACCCUUCUUCUCUCUCCCUCUUGAAGCCGCAGCAAACCCUCAACAAUGGCGGAACUCAAACUCUCAGAAAGCAAAGACCUUACGAGAAUCGAACGCAUUGGAGCCCACUCCCACAUCCGAGGCUUAGGCCUAGACUCUACCCUCGAACCCCGCGUCACUUCCGAAGGUCUAGUCGGCCAACUCCCGGCCCGCAAAGCCGCCGGCGUCAUCCUCCAAAUGAUCAAAGACGGCAAAAUCGCCGGCCGCGGAGUCCUCAUCGCCGGCCAACCCGGCACCGGAAAGACCGCAAUUGCAAUGGGUCUCGCAAAAUCACUCGGUCACGAAACCCCAUUUGCUAUGCUAUCUGGGUCUGAAAUCUUCUCCCUUGAGAUGUCGAAGACGGAAGCGCUGAUGCAAGCGUUCCGCCGUGCUAUUGGAGUGAGAAUCAAGGAAGAGGCUGAGGUGAUUGAGGGUGAGGUUGUUGAGAUUCAGGUGGACCGCCCUGCGGUUGCUGGGGCGGCAUCGAAGACGGGGAAAUUGACGUUGAAGACGACGGAUAUGGAGACGGUUUAUGAUUUGGGGACUAAGAUGAUUGAGGCGCUUAGUAAGGAGAAGGUUCAAAGUGGGGAUGUGAUUGCUAUUGAUAAAGCUUCUGGGAAGAUCACUAAGCUUGGGAGAUCGUUUUCGAGGUCGAGGGAUUACGAUGCUAUGGGACCUCAUACUAAGUUUGUGCAGUGCCCUGAUGGGGAGUUGCAGAAGAGGAAGGAGGUUGUGCAUUGUGUUACUCUUCAUGAGAUUGAUGUUAUUAACAGCAGAACCCAGGGAUUCCUAGCACUCUUCACUGGCGAUACUGGUGAAAUUCGUGCUGAAGUGAGGGAACAAAUCGACACAAAGGUAGCUGAGUGGAGGGAAGAAGGGAAGGCUGAGAUUGUCCCAGGGGUUCUGUUCAUUGAUGAGGUACACAUGUUGGAUGUUGAGUGCUUCUCUUUCUUAAAUCGUGCCUUGGAGAACGAGAUGGCACCAAUAUUAGUAGUUGCAACCAACAGAGGGCAUACAAGGAUCAGAGGGACCAAUUACAGAUCUCCACACGGCAUGCCCAUUGAUUUGCUUGAUCGGUUGCUUAUAAUUGCUACUCAACCCUACACAGAGGAGGAGAUUAGCAAGAUCUUGGAGAUCAGAUGUCAAGAAGAGGAUGUAGAAAUGACUGAAGAGGCAAAAGUUCUGUUGACAAAGAUUGCUAGUGAAACAUCACUCCGGUAUGCUAUCAACCUGAUAAAUUCCUCUGCGUUGGCUUGUCAAAGACGGAAGGCAAAGUCAGUGGAAAUGGAGGAUGUGAGCAGGGUUUAUCAGCUAUUUCUGGAUGUGAAGAGGUCAACACAGUACUUAAUGGAGUAUCAAAACCAAUACAUGUUCAAUGCAGUACCUGGAGUAGAGGUGAAUGAAGAUGAGAAUGCUGACAUGAUCGCUUGAUAUAAAUAUGUAUUGUAUUAAACUGUAAGCUCUUGAAAUGAAAGUUUGGUGCUCAUCACCGUUCUGGGUAAUUUUGGAUUAUGAUCAUCCUAACUAGUGUGCAUUUUUUUUUUUU